AUGACAGGCAAGGGCAAGUCUCGCUGGGCAGACAGCGCAGAAGACGCCGCGCUCGAAGCCCAGUUGAAGAAGGAAAAGGAGGAGAAGAAGCGCCUAAAGGCCGAGAAGGCGCGCAAAGCCGAAGCCGAAAAGAAGAAGCGCGAAGCAGAAGCUGCGGCGGCGGCACAACGACAACAGCAACAACAACAAACCGGUGACGAUGACGACGCCAAUGGGCCCCCGGCCAAGCGACGAAGACUCUCUCCCGACCGCGACGUAGCAGCAGCACCGACAGCGAGCAGUAAUGACAGCAGCAAACUACUACGUUUCGAAGGCGGCCGAUUCGGCAAGUGUCGCAGCGUCGAAAACUACGAUAAGCUUAACGACAUCGAGGAGGGCGCAUACGGCUGGGUGGCGCGGGCGCGCGAGAUUGAGACCGGCAAGGUCGUUGCGCUGAAGCGACUCAAGAUUGAUCCGAAGGAUCGCAGCGGUCUGCCCGUCACUGGCUUGCGGGAGAUUCAGAUCUUGAAGGACUGCAGUCACAGGAACAUCGUCAAGCUCAAGGAGGUGGUGGUGGGCGACGACACGAGCAAGAUUGAGAACAUCUUUAUCGUCCUCGAAUUUCUCGAACACGACCUCAAGUCCAUCCUCGAAGACAUGCCCGAGCCCUUCCUCGCCUCCGAAGUCAAGACCCUCCUCCUCCAACUCUGCUCCGGCAUCGCCUACCUGCACUCGCAUUACAUUCUACACCGGGACCUCAAGACCUCCAAUUUAUUGCUCAACAACCGGGGCCAGCUCAAGAUCGCCGACUUUGGCAUGGCCCGCUACGUGCCCGACCCUCCACCACCCAAACUGACCCAGCUGGUCGUCACUCUAUGGUACCGCGCUCCGGAACUCCUCCUCGGCGCGGCCCGCUACGGGCCCGAAAUCGACAUGUGGUCCGUGGGGUGUAUCUUCGGCGAGCUCCUAACCCGCGAACCCUUACUACAAGGCAAAAACGAAGUCGACGAGCUCACCAAAAUCUUUGAACUCUGCGGUCUUCCGACAGACGAGUCAUGGCCUGGUUUCCGCCGUUUACCCAACGCCCGCUCUUUACGCCUACCCUCUUCUUCUUCUUCCUCUUCUUCCUCUAAACCCCCCUCCACGGGGGCCCUAAUCCGCGCCAAAUUCCCCCUUCUAACCGCCGCCGGCGUCUCUUUGCUUGCCUCCCUCUUAUCGCUAAACCCCUCCCGUCGCCCGACAGCGUCGGAAAUGCUGGAGCACGAAUACUUCCGCCAGGAUCCGAAGCCGAAACAGGAGGCCAUGUUCCCUACUUUCCCCAGCAAAGCGGGACAGGAAAAGAGGAGACGGAGAGAGACGCCGAAUGCGCCCCAACGGGGCCAAAAGGUACAGGAUCUGGGCCAGGUGGAUUUUAGUUCGCUGGGUGGGAUUUUUGGGAGUGGGAGGGAGAGGGAGGAGAGGGGUGGGGGGUUUAGUUUGAGAAUGGUUUAG